UAAAAUUAUGAGUUUGAAAGAGUUGAUUGUAAUGGUAGUAAGGAUUGAGAAUUGGUAAAUAAUAUAUACAUUGAAUAUUAUAUAUUAAUAAAGAAAAAUGCAAUAAUAUUAGGAAUUAAGUUUUGGGCAAGUAUUGUCGAUAGAGAUUGCAAAGAUAGGAGACAAGAAGAAUUUGUUUGGAACAAAAGCAUUGAUAAUGGUGAUGAUAAACUUUGUCUCAUUGAUGAGUUUUAGUUUGAAAUUUGAAAAAAACUAAGGAUAUGAAUAUUUUACACAUGUACAAUAAGUUUAAUAUAGUAGUUUUUAAGUGUAUUCACUCGACCACCAAAUGUAUUGUUAAUACCAAUGUGUAUUUUAGUAUUGUUGUUAUACUUAUUUGCAUAUGGUUGUCUGUUAUGGAUGUCGUAUUGGCAAUAUAGGAGUCAAAACAAGAUGACGAUGUCGAAAAACAAAUUCAAGAGAUUACACAUCGUGCUGUCGUUAGGGAGUGAAAUUGCAGUGUGGCUUAGCUGUCCAAUUGUAGACACUUGAUUAAAUUCUAGUUAUCUAUAAACUUGGGGUUGUUCAAUAAGCAAAGUAGUGCCUGGAGUGCAGUGCCAAUCGUAAACAUUUUUCUGCACUCUAUUAUUGUGCUAAUUUACUUCUAUUUCUAUCGUAGUUAUCAAUUCAAUUAAUUGGGAUUAUACAGGACAUUUAAUAUGGCAUCAUAUUGUUACUAUCUAAUUGUUAUAUUUAUAGUAGCAAUAGAUUGGAACACUGAUUUGCAGAUUCAACCAUUUAUUUUAUGGCUGCUAAGUAUUUUCUAAUUGAUUGACAUUAUAUUGUUUUUGCCAUACAAGGUGACAUUUGAAAACCAAAUGUAUUUGUUUGGAUGUGCAGCAUUAUUCACAGUUUCUUCAUUGGGUUCUCUCUCAUAAAUAACAUCCUAUAUAAAUGAAAACAACAUCUUUGAGACCUUCCUCUUAGCUUUUCCUAUAUUCUUUUACUUAUUUAAAUAACUUUAAGCUUGGAAAUGGAAGGACUUAAUUUUAUAUAUGCGAACUGGCUCCAUGAAAUAGAUGGACAUAAAAAAGCUUUGUUCAUCUAUUGAAGCACUAGUAUGGUAUGUCGAAUAAGCCAGAAUAGAUUCAUAUUUAUUUUUUCUUUCACUUUUUGUUUUGAAAUACCAUACUCAAAACUGUAAUGAUCCUAGUUGUGAAUGCAAAGAAGAAUUAUCUAAAUCCAACUCUUAAAAUGCAGAAAGUAUGACUCAUAGAUCAUCAUUUCAAUCUAAAACUGCUCUAUUAAGUAAUGGCGAUAAAAACAGCAAUCCUUAAAAUAUUUCACAAAAUUUGGAUGUGAGUCAAUUUCAAAAGACCAUUAAAGAUGGUAGUCGUAAAAAUGAUUCUUUUGUUGGUGCCUAAGCACAAUAUGAACAAGUCAUUAAACCAACAAAAGCUAUAAUAUUUCAACCUAUGAAAUUUGUCUAGAAUAAUGUCAUUAAUGAAGAUCUCAUAUCAUAAUAUGUCAAAAGGUAGUUUCAUUAAACUAUUUAACAAUUGUCAUUUUCUUUGCAUCUGGAUGAAGUCGAAUAUUUAUCAUUAAAGUACAUUUCAUUUAUGUUUUCCUUUAAGUAAAAUAGUCUGUCAUCUCUAACAAAACUUAAACAAAUUCAAAGUAGAACUGUUUAAUUUUCUUAUUUCUUUAGAAAUGUUACCAAAGUAACUGAAUCGUAAUUUAUUGAUGCUCUCAAAUUAAAACAUUAAGAAGACAAAAAUUCAUUUGAAGAUUAAGUCAAAAUGAAUGUUACGGAAAUUUGGAGAUUAGAGAUAGUUAAAGAUGACAUAGUAAAAAACAUAGUUUCUGUAUUGAGAAAAAAGAUAGCAUUAUGGGAAGACUUAUGCUCUGGUGAUAUAUAGAAUAUGGAUCGAUUCUUAGAUGAUAUAAUGAAAAUCUCACUUUAGAUAGAAUUAAGUCGUCAAAGAGUCGAUAUGAUACUUAGCGACUUUACAAACUAAGUUCAAAGAAACUAUAGUUAUUAUCUAAAAUAUUAAUGUUUUAGAUCUCUCUUCUUUGAUUCAGAUUAUAAAUAAGCUGUUCUAUUCUAAAGAAAAGUAGAAGAUUCAUGGUAAUUGAGUAGAGCUGCUCAUAAGUAAGGUUAGAUUGGCAAUUUUCAAUGGCUUUCAGGAGAUUUAGUAACCUUAGAAGUAAGUGCUGGAGUUUAAAGUGGUCAAAUCAUUAAAGGUGUUUCCAAUAGACUUGUCGAUAUGUUAGGGUACGCAAAUUAUGAAGAUAUGAUACAAAACUUACGUAUCAGAGGAUUAUAAUCCUCUCAUUAAAGUUAGAAUUCAGAUAAACUAUAAAUUUCUAGUAUUAUGCCUCCAUAUUUGACUGCUUCUCAUAAUUAUUUUAUUUCAAGAUUUAUUCAUAGAGGUUACACUUAUUAUUAUGAUAAACCUAUUAGUUCUUAUGGUUGUGAUGCCUAAGGCUUUGUUUUUCCUGUCAAUAUCAAUUUGUCAUUUAAUUUUUAAAAUCUUUCUGACUUCACACUCUUAGGAUCUAUUUUAAAAAUUAAAGAUGAUGAUGAAUAUCUUAUAUUUGAUGAAUGGGGUCGUAUUUUGGGAGUCUCCAUUCAUACUUUUGAUAAAUUAAUAUUGAAAGGAGCUUUAGAUGAAUUUGGAAUGGUAAAAUUCAAAUCAAUCAAUUAAAAACUAGAAAAACUUGGACAUCUCAAAAAUGCCUUACUUAAUAAAAUUGCAAGAGAUGAUAAUGCUAAAUUAUUCAAAAAAACUAUUACAAUGCAUUAAAAACAAGGUACUACCAAAAGUCAAUUAAAAAGAACAUAUCAAAAACCUUCUGAUAUUUUAUUAUAAUUUGGAAGUAUUUAACACUUUUUACCAUAAGUUGGAAAAUCUAUUACAGAUUUACUUGCUAAAGAUAUAUUUAAAAAAUUAUAAAGAGAAUCUUAAGAAUAAUUUAAUAAACUAACAGACAAUUAAAAGGUAUAAGAGGUAAAACAAUAAAAUAACAACAAAGUUUUUGAAAAAUAAGCAAGCAAUAUCUUCUAAAGAUAAAUUAGUUAAUUUAUUGACCGCUAAUAGAGUUUAAAUUAAGGUGGGUUGUCAAGCGCUAUGCUUGAUAAGGAUUAAUAUAGAAACUUUAUAAUGAAUAAUUUUAUUGACGAAAAGGGAUUGAUGAAAAAGAAUAUGUCUUUAUUAUAGGAUGAAAAACUUGUACUUUAUGCACCCAGAAAUUAUAAUGAAUUGAUUGAAUAUUUUAAUGAUGCUGGUGAACGAUUUAUGGAAAGUAAAAAUGAUAUGGAAACUAAAUCUAUUCGUAGAUAAUAAAUGUAAAAUAAAUAUUCGUACAUAAAAUAACAAUAGAAUUGUUAUCAUUUAUUUGAUGCAGAAUUCUAAGAUUUUAUUGAUAAUAAAGUCAGAAAAUAUUAUUCUAAAGCCUUAUUAAAAGAAGCCCUUGAAACACAUGAUGCCAAACUACUUUAAUAAGUCAGGUACAAGUGUGUAUCAUCAAUUGAUGUAGGAGUAGGUGGGAUAAGUGACAAAGAUUAAUUUUUAUAUUUUGUGUGUAAACUAUCAUCAUUAAAUUUGUAAACGGCAAAAAGAAAAGAUGUUUUAAAAAUUCAUAUGAAGAAAGAAAAAAAUUAAUAAUUUGAUGGUGGGGAAGAACUAAGAAAAAGUUUGAUUCAGUAGGCUUCAUCAAUAGAUUCCUUUGAUAAAGAGAAACCAAGGAAAUCUUUAUCAAUUCAAUAAUAGGAAAGUUUCGGUCCUCCUUAAUAAUAAAUAAAAUAUAAAGGAGAAAUUGAUCAGCCAAUUAUAGUCACUUUAGCUAUUCCAGAUAGCAGAAAAUAUAUGUCUUCACUUGAUAGAGAUGAUGGUCCAAAUAUGAAGGUGAAUUUUGAAGCUCAAAAUUAAAAAUUAAAUGAAUCAUCAUUUGAUAUAGAAAAUUCGAUGAAAGAAAGCUUAAUUUAAAAUGGUGGUAAUCAUUCAAUGACUUAAUCAUUGAAUUUAAAUGUCCCUUAAUUAAUGAGAUAAAACUCAGUUGAAAAAAUGAAAUAAAUGCAAAAUACAAGUAAAGAAUAUUUAAAAGAACAAUCAAGUAGUCUUUCUGAAAAAAAAGAGGAACCACCCAAGAAAAAACUUAAAUUAUCAUUUUUAAGAAAGAUGGAAAAAGCUUUAGUUCCAAAAGAGCCUCCUUCUGGUACUCCUACAACUCCUAAUGCUCCCCCAUCAUUUUUAUAACCAAUUCAAUAAUAAUAAUAAUAAUAAUAACCAGAAAAAUAAGCAUCUUCUCUUUCUGUUCCUGAAGAAAAAAAGAAUUCCUUUUUAAGUCCAACAGGCUUAUUUGCUAAAUUAUUUGGAAGAUUAAAUCUAAGAAGAGUAUCAAAUAUUGAAAUAAAAAAUGAUUAAUUUGAAUCAUAAGAGUAAGGUUUUAGAGAAAAUUCUGAAAAUUCUGAAAAAGAAGACAUGAAAAGAAGCGGAAAUAGUACUCCAUCAGGAACUAAUUCAAUGUCUAGUAAUAAUAUCACAAGUUAAGGAGAUUAAAAAGAGGAUGAUGAAGAAUUAAAUAAUGAUGAUGAAUUAGUAAAUAUUUUUGAAGUAAUGAGUUAAGCUUCUAAUCAUUAAUCAAUUAAAUCUAUUUCUGCUAUUUCUAUGGCUACUCACAUUUCAUUAAGAUGUCUUAAAUAUUAACCAAGGUAAGCUAAAUCACUCUAAAUAUUUAAAAUUAUUUUAAUAAUUUUAAAUAUUUCAUGUAUAAUUAGCUUAUUAUUAACAACACAAAAUUAUUUUGAUAAUUUAAGUGUGGAUAAUCUAAGUAUGAGAAUCAAUAAUCAAUAUCGUUAUUCAGCUAUAGUUCUUUAAUCUUCUAAUUCUAUUGAUCAGCAAUCCUUAAUUAAAUUCGAUCAGAUUCCUAAUAUAACCAAAAUGAAUCAAAUUAUCUCCUAUUGCUUUAAUCUUAGUCUAAAUAUAAGUCAAUCAUAUUUUGAUGUUAUUGAAUCCAUCUAAAAUGCUGUUUCAUUUCCAUUACCUUAACCUGAUGUAUUACUAAUUCCAAAUGACUACUAAAUUGCUUCCCUUUAAUAGUUCUUAACUUAGUAAAAAAUAGAAAUUGAUUCUAUCCAAUAAAUUAAUGCAUAUAAUAGAAGUGAUCUUGCAUUUAAAUAAUUAUAUAAUAAAUCCAUUGAUUAUCUACUGAACAGACUAGUUUUUACUUAAUCCUAGAUUAAUUAUAUGAGUAAUCAGUUGAGAACUAGCAAAAAUAACAAUGUUCUCAAUAAGGCUCUAAUUGUAACAUAUUUAAUGGCUAGUUUUGGUGGUCUACAUUUAAUUGUUAUUCUUUUGAUUGUCCCAUUUAUAAAAUAAAUUAACAACAUAUAUUUUCGAGUCCUCUCUAUUGUUAGUAGAGUUACUUAGGAAGAAGCUGAGGAUGAAAUCAAAAAAUUAACACUAUCUUAGCAUUUACUAGAAACAUAAGAUGAUUCAUGGGUUACAUAAAACUAAAUUAAGCUAAUCUUUUAUAAUAAAAGUAAAGAUAUUGAUUUAAAUGAAAAAUACACUAAAAAUGGUAGUAUCAAAGCAAAAGGAAAAGAAAGUUCAUACUUUUUUUCCAAAUUAAGUGAUUCUACUCUAAGCAUUUGGAAAGACAUGGGAUUAUACAUCAUGAUUUCAUCAAUUUCUAUUGGAUAUUUAAUUUUUUCGAUUAUUAUUAUUCAAACCUAAAUUAACACUUUUACUCCUUUUAUUGACAAUUUUGAUUAAACUGUUAGCACAAGUGUGUAUAGUACAAGCUUAAUUUCAAAAUUAUCCAUCACUCCUUAAAGAUAUUUAAAUUUAUAGCCUAAUAGUAUUCCAACUUAAUUUACUUUGUUGAAUUUCUAAUAAAAUCAAUAGAUUUCAUACUUUCUUUAAACAAUUUCCUCUGAUACUAAUUAAAUUAAAUCAUAUAUCACGGAUAUGUCAAAAUUUUUAGAGUAAUUAAAUUUAGAUUAUGGAUAUGAUUCAAAUUCUUCUAAAAUUAAUAUUUCUUCUUAAAAUUAUCAAUCAAGGAUAUCCUAUAUAUAAUAAUUAAGUGUACUAAGUGAAAUUAAUCAUUUAUUAAAGGAUAACAUAUGUUAUUAUUCAGCAGAGACACUUUGUCAAGAAUCAGCAUAAUUUGAUUAUUUUAAUACAGGUUUAAUGGGAGCCUUAGAUGUCCUUUAAAAAAUGUAAUUUAGCUAUUAAACAUUUUUAAAUGAGUAUCAUUAAAUUUAAUAUUCAGAUUAAUCAGAUAAUACACAAUAAAUCAACAAUUACUAUAAUACUUAAGAUUACAAAUUUUUAGUUAUGUAUGGAUAAGAAUUAAUCUUCAAAACUUUUGAUAGAUUAAUAUUAUUAUUGGAAACAUUUUUGAAUGAUGAAAAACAAUCAAAAAAUUUAUUGAUACAAAAUUUAUUUAUAGGUAUCGGUAUACCCAUAAUGUUGAUGACAAUGCUUUUGGCUGCCCUGGAGAUGAUUUUACUCAAGAAAAAAGUUAGGAGAGUAAUGUUAUCUCUUACUUUCCUCCCUACAUUUAAGUUUUAGGAUAAGAUUGUACUCUCCCUCAUUAAGGCUAUCCUUAAAAUUUGA